AUGGCUUGUCGUUUAUCUCUUUAUACUUGUUGGUUUCCACGAACUCUUCUAUGUCAAAAAUUUUUCCUUCGUUCAUCUUUUUCCACAAUACCAAAGCCAGAUACUAUAUCGCAGUCGCAUCGAUCAGCUUCUCGUUUUUCCGUUAAAAUUGCUAGAUUCCUUUUUUCCAAAGAACGUCUUAAACAAUCUGCAUCUUUAUCUACUCAUGCUCAUUAUACAAAAACAGAAAGUUCUGGUGAUAUUCAUGAAUUAGCACGUAGUUUUAUUCUUUCACUCGAACCAGUUUUUCUUGAAACUGGACUUCCAUAUAUUGGUUUUGGUUUUGUUGAUAAUUUUGUUAUGCUUAUUGCUGGUGAAACAAUUGAAGCAUUUUUUGGUGUUGCUUUUUGUCUUUCUACAAUGGCAGCUGCUGCUUUGGGAAAUGCUGUCAGUGAUGUCAUGGGUAUUGGUCUUGCCGAUCGUAUUGAACGAACAUGUGGACGAUUUUUAGGUACAUUUGGAGUUAAACCACCUAAAUUAACUGCUGAUCAAUGGGGACAACGAUCAGUACAGAUAACACAACUAAUGUCGAAAGUCAUAUGUAUUUUUGUCGGUUGUUUGUUAGGAAUGUGUCCAUUACUUUUUCGUGAUACUUCGACAAAUAAAAAUAAAUCGACAAAUAAAGAUGAAAAAUAA